AUGUUACGCAAGUUAACGAUUGAUGACAUUCUUGAGGUUGUAAAUAAUCCCGGUGAAAGUGAUUUUUCUGAACUUGGUGAUGAGGAUGAUGAUGAAAUUCCGACUAAUGGUAGCACAUAUCAUGACGAUAGAGAAACUUCUACUCCAGAGAUGUUGCAAGAGUCAGCUGUUAUCGAUUCAGUAAAUCCUGAGUAUGUUCCAGAAGAUACAGAGUUGUGGAAGGUCGAUGAUGACUUUACUCCAGAAAUUCAUCCAUUUGUGCAGUUUCCAGAAGACGAACAUGAAGAAGAGCUCACCCCUUUGCAGUACUUCAGAUCUUUUGUGACAUGUGAUAUGCUGGAACUCUGUAUUCAACAAACUAAUAUUUAUUGUAUUCAGAAACUGGGCGCAACUAUUGACGUUAGCCUAGCUGAGAUGGAGCAGCUUUUAGGUAUUUAUUUGUGUAUGGACUUGGCUCAAAGCCACUUACAGAAACUAGUAUAUUUGUUGCAUUUCCAGGGCAUACAGAAAGAAGAUAAGCUACAGAAAAUUCGACCUUGGCUUGCUUUGUUCUCACAAACAUGCCUGAGAAAACUGCCUGAGCAGAAUCAGUAUGCUGACGAAAUAAUGAUCCCUUUCAAAGGAUGCAGUAGUCUUCAACAGUAUAUACAAAAGAAGUCAACACGGUUGGGAUUCAAAAUGUGGGCUAAAGCUCGUUCCUCAGGGUAUUUGUAUGAUUUUGACGUUUACCAAAGUGCAGCUUCUAAGGCAAAAAGGCAUGUCACAGGAAAAGGUCUUGGUUACAAUGUUGUGAUGAAGCUAACUGCAGCAGUGGAAGAAAAUCCCUUUUUUAGGGUUUACGCAGACAAUUUCUUCACAUCGUAA